ACGGUUACAAACGCUUUUCAAAGACCAACUCGACCGAUCCAAGGCAACGUGUUCCUUUAAAUUGAAAAUGAACGAGGGUGGGAGGGGCAAAUGAUUGGUCUGAAGCGUUAAAGUGACUGUAAUCAGUAAUAAUCAGCAGCUAUGACUUAUAAUCUCAUAAAAAUUAUUAUGACCUUAUUAGUGCAAGGCACGUUGACUGUUAUCUCACAAUAAACUAAGGUUUCAAGUUCAGGGUUUAUACAGGUUUUCUUCAUGUCACAACUAUACGUUUUCAUAUUUUUCUCUCAACAAAUUUCUUUUCUAAGCAAAAAUUGGUUGUUUCUUCUAAGCAAUUAUAUGCUUAGAGAUUUGAUGUGCUUACAGGCUUACAGGCUUACAGGCUUUAUAAAAUCGGGCCAUUGACAAGUAGACAUACAGUACAGUAACACAUAAGCCGUAGGCCAGUGUGUUUUUUGAAGAAUAUAAAGAACAUGAAUUUUCAAGCAAUUGAAAUUUUGUUUUUGUCUGCUCCCCACCCACAAUGCAAAUUGUAUACAUUGCGUGACAUGGGACUCUCCCCGUUCAUGCAAUCACACAUGAGUCAUUCGGGGAACUUUAGACUCAAGCUCAAGAUGUUCUUAUCAUUGUGCGUUUUUUGAAGGUCACAUAAAUUAUGAUUAAAGGGUACAAUGUCGGAGCUAACGUGGGCGGAAUACGACUGAGGCUGAGGUGGUUAACGCAAGUGGGUUUGGUUAUGAAUUCGACUCAGGGACAGUUGGGUAAGGGGGUCACCCUACCGAAUGUUCCCCUUCUUGUUCCCCGUAUGUGUGUUUCUACGCACACAGUAGUUAAAUAAUCCAAUUUCAGUACGUUCCUAUAAUAUUUUAUUAAAUUAUUUUACAUUGAAAUCAGACGAUCCAUUAUCACCCAGUAUGGCAGUUGCGGCGCGUGUUAAAAAUCAAACCUUCGAUAUUACUGGCUUUGCUUGGGUUAAAUUUGGGUUGUUUUGAUAAAAAUGUUAUGGAGGGCUAUAAAUACAUUCAAAGAAAAACAAAUCGUAAACAAUUCUGGGAAAUUUAUAUAUAUAUGCAACAUUGUGGCCCUGUGUUUAGAGAUUUUGGCUUUUAACAUUAUCCGAAACAGUUAAAGAAUGUUUGAGGGAAAUAAACGACAUAUACAUAAGCAAACUUGAUACAACAGAAAGGACGGAUUGGAGUGACGAAUGCUACAGAUGUGCCUACGUGUAUCGCUUCUUUGCAGUACAUAGCUAUAUGGUCUAUCGAAGUCUGCAGCUAGCAUUAGCGAAUGAAGAGCAUCUCAAGGAAAUAUGGAAAAACAAGCCGUGUUUCCGUGUGUGCUGCAUCGGUGGUGGGCCUGGAUCAGACGCUGUGGGCCUGACCAAGUUUCUACGGGACACUGGACUGGUUUCAACUAACCGUUUGGAGUGCUCGAUAUUUGAUCGGUAUCAGGAAUGGGAGGACACUUGGAAAAAGAUUACACAGAGCAAUGCCAGUGAUGAAUUUCCACCGAUGACGUAUUUCUCCUGUGACAUGACCCGUAGUUAUACCGGUCUGAGCAUGAAUGAGCUGGAUAAAAUCAGGUCGGCUGACAUUAUCUCCUUUGUCAAAUUUUGCUCCACUGUGGCUGAUUACAUCGGCAGCCACGAAGAGUGUGGCACCUUACUGUACGAAAUUUUCCGGGAACUUAAACCAGGCGCUCUGGUGCUUUACAUUGACAAUCGUUAUAGGGAUAGAGAUGAAGAGUUUAAGGAAAUGGCUGAAUUUAGAGGAGUUUCAGAAACGCUGUACACAAGCAAUCAAGACUUCAGUAUGCCCGUGGCGAAUCGCUCAGAUAUAUUGACUACAUUUGACCGAGUGACUGGAAAAAAUCCCAACAAUGUAUUCCCAGUGUCUGUCAUGCUCCUCAGAAAACCAUCCGAAGAAAAAACACUGUCCAUAUCUACAUGUACAUCUCCCAUUGUCCACACUGAAGCUGAUAACGCACUACCAGAAGCGGAGCCUAACCACACAGAAGCUGAUAACACACUACCAGAAGCGGAGCCUAACCACACAGAAGCUGAUAACGCACUACCACAAGCUGAGCCUAUCCACACCGAAGCUGAUAACACACUACCAGAAGCUAAGCCUAUCCACACUGAAGCUGAUACAGCACUACUAGAAGCUGAGCCUAUCCACACUGAAGCUCCUCUACCAGCAGCUGAGGUUAUCCACACUGAAGCUACUAAUGCACUACCAGAAGCGGAGAAUAACCACACUGAAGCUGAUAACGCACUACCACAAGCUGAGCCUAUGCACACAGAAGCUGAUAACGCACUACCAGAAGCUGAGCCUAUGCACACCGAAGCUGACGAAGCACUACUAGAAGCUGAGCCUACCCACACCGAAGCUCCACUACCAGCAGCUGAGCCUAUCCACACUGAAGCUACGAACGCACUACCAGAAGUUGAGCCGACCCACACUGAAGCUGAUAACACACUACCAGAAGCUAAGCCUAUCCACACUGAAGCUGAUAACGCACUACCAGAAGCUGAGCCUAUCCACACUGAAGCUGAUAAAGCACUACCAGAAGCUGAGCCUAUGCACACCGAAGCUGACGAAGCACUACUAGAAGCUGAGCCUAUCCACACUGAAGCUCCUCUACCAGCAGCUGAGCCUAUCCACAAUGAAGCUACUAACGCACUACCAGAAGUGGAGUCUAUCCACACUGAAGCUGUUAACUCACUACCAGAAGCAGAGCCUAUGCACACUGAAGCUGAUAACGCACUACCAGAAGCUGAGCCUUUUCCUUCAAAAAGGAGCAUCAGUCCACUUGUCACUACAUCUGAAGCGGAGUCUGUUCCUUCAAUGUCAACUCACAUCAAACCAGACGUCCAGCCCCAUGACACAGAUGAAGCGACCACGCCGCCGAAACUCCAAGUCAGACGCAAACCCCAAAGCAGAUGUCGCUAUGCUCCUUAUUGAAGUCACUGAUGUAAGACAAACAAAAGGAGCAGGAGAUUAAAGGAACACGUUGCCUUGGAUCGGCC